UGCGCAGUGCGUCUCCUUCUUAGCGCCAGUCAGGAGCUGUAAAUCGAGUUCGGCGGUCAUACUGAGGCGAUAACGCCGAGAAGAUAUGAAGUAUUAGUGGUGUGAGGACGCUAAGGAGCGUAAGAGUAGUACUAGUGUGAGUUAUUAGGUUGUUAUGUAAUAGCUUAAUUUCGUAUUGUGGGUUCUAUCGCAGCUAGUUAGCUAGCAUAACUGCUACAGCGCAGCGAGUGGGCUCGGGCUUGGUGUUCUCGUGAAGGCCUGGCUUAAGCUUAGCUUAGCUUAGCUUAGCUUAGCUUCCGCUAAUUAGCAAACAAUUUGUGUAUAGUGUGUGAUUUUGAAGGCCACAGAGGACAAGGCAUGGCAGACGAGAACGCCGUUGCAGUGCAGCAGAUGUUGGACAGGAGUUGCUGGGUGUGUUUCGCCACAGAUGAGGAUGACCGCACUGCUGAGUGGGUGCGGCCAUGCCGAUGCCGUGGCUCUACCAAGUGGGUGCACCAAACCUGCCUGCAGCGCUGGGUAGACGAGAAGCAGCGAGGCAACAGCACAGCACGCGUGGCCUGUCCCCAGUGCAACGCAGAGUACCUCAUUGUCUUCCCCAAGCUGGGUUUGGAUUAUGUAAGAACUGUGCAGUCGAGCUUGAGUUUAUCAAGGCCCAUUGUGUAUGUGCUGGACCUGGCAGACAGGCUCAUCUCCAAGGCAUGCCCGUUUGCUGCAGCUGGCAUCAUGGUGGGCUCCAUCUACUGGACUGCGGUAACGUACGGAGCCGUCACAGUGAUGCAGGUGGUUGGCCAUAAGGAGGGGCUGGACGUGAUGGAGAGGGCCGAUCCGCUGUUCCUCCUUAUCGGCCUGCCCACCAUCCCAGUCAUGCUCAUCCUGGGAAAGAUGAUCCGCUGGGAGGACUACGUGCUGCGACUGUGGAGGAAGUAUUCCAACAAGCUACAGAUCCUCAACAGCAUCUUCCCAGGUAUUGGUUGUCCAGUUCCCAGAAUCCCUGCUGAGGCGAGUCCGUUAGCCGAUCACGUAUCAGCUACUCGGAUCCUGUGUGGAGCGCUGGUGUUUCCCACCAUCGCCACCAUCGUGGGCAAGCUCAUGUUCAGCAGAGUCAACUCCAACCUGCAGAGGACCAUCCUGGGUGGCAUUGCAUUUGUGGCCAUUAAGGGUGCGUUUAAGGUGUACUUCAAACAGCAGCAGUACCUCCGCCAGGCCCAUCGUAAGAUCCUCAACUUCCCCGAGCCGGAGGAGGCCUGAGUGGCCGAGAGCGAACGUCCACAGCCCUUUACAGACUGAGACAUCACCGAGACCUCCAUGCCACCUGCUCUGUGUGUGUGUGUGAGAGAGAGAGUAUGUGUGUGUGCUGCAGAGCGAAUACAGAUGACUGCUGCUGGAACAGGCUUUACUGCAGCUGCUAUGAUUUGAGGAAUGUGUAUUUGAGAGGAGAGGAGUACACACUGAUGCAUUUCCGAUUCACGUAAGCUGUUCAGUUUUGUCUCUCCCUGAGAAUGUGAUUUGAUUUUUUAUUUUUUUUUUUUCUCUCUCUCUCUCGUCCUUCCGUGUAAAGACUCAGACUUCCUCUCCCCUGUUAUAAUCAGAGCCGGGAGAGGUUCCUUCUUUUCUCUAUUUUAUAGGUUGUUGUAUUUUUAAAUUAAGAGUAGGACAUGUGGAAUUCUAAAAGAGUUUUAUGUGAAAAAAUGAUUGAUUUUAUAAACACUACUCUGAAGGUGAACUGGAUUAGGAAUAUUGCCUUUUGGUGAAUACACUUUCAGUGCUGACUGGGCGACGUUAACAAAUCAGUGACUCUGCUGUAUAAAUGUAUACGUGUAGCAGCAUGUGCUCAGCCUGCAUUACAUUUUAAUGGAGAUAAACGCUGGGAUUCCGGACGCAGGUUGAAGCAAGUCCGAAACUAAAAUUUGAACCUUCAAUGUAUUUUCAGUUUAGACUAGUAUUAAUGUGUCCAGAAACCUGUCUCAGGUGUAAAAUGAUGAGGUGCUAUGAGAGCUGGAGUAUCGCCUCUACACCAUGAUUAAUGUCAAAUCUUUCAAGCUUGAAAAGCCUCCCUCAGUUUGGUGUAAUGAAAGACAUUAGGAGGAAAAUGCAAAUUACUAGUCAAUGUGCAGGAUACUAAAAAGGGACUAGGUGUGUCAUUGCUCACCCCAAGAUUUAUUUCUAAAGAAUAAUCUGACCUUCAAUUAAAGUUAAAGAUGUUAUUUAGAACUAACAUCUCUAAGCUGAUUAAUUUCUGGUGCUGUUUAAUGAUGGAAAAGAAAACGAGUCCCUGAUGAUCGCCUCAUCGUGCGGUUUGGAAAAUCAAACUCCCGGGAAAGCCGUAAUCUUUGAUGUAUGGACAGGACGAGUUUCAUCACUUACCCAACCUUCACUCAUUCUUCAUGAUCCUGAUGAAGUGUUUUAAUCCAUUUCUCUGUGGUACACCUGAAACUUCUCCUAAUCACUAUGAUGUGAUGUCGCUGCUGGACUUUCUUCUGGAGCUAAGGUGUCUCCAAAGGAACGAGGAAUAAAUAAGGCACAGGAUGAGCUUAUAUGCUUUACUACAGGACACAUGACCUGGGUGCAUUAAUAUACUGAAUGUGUGUGAUGGUUAUAAUGGAUGAUUGAUUUAACUGGCUUUCUAUCCCUGUGAUCAGAACAGAGGGAGUGUCGCUACAGCUAUCAGUGUAUUAAAAUGGAGGGAUUUUUUUUUUCUUUUCUAUUUUGGGAAAAUCGUGCAUGCCAAUAAUGACUGACAGCAGCCUUGUGCUCAGCUUUUUCAACCUGAUGCAGUUACUUCAGUCCUUAAUGCUGAGUAGCUGCUUUAGCAGGUUUUAAUAUUGUCAGUUAUAGCACUUGUUAGACACUUAACACAUGAUUUAAUCCAGAAAAUGUUCACACUUACUGAUAAAAACCACAGGGUUAUCUUUACCAGCUUAUUGCCAUUUAAUCACCGUGUCUCGAACAAGUUCUCUGAAUAUGCUAGAACUCUGGCUCACCAUAACGCCAAACACAAAGCAUAGAUGUAUAAAUGUAUGACUUGUAUAUACAUAUUGCAUCUGAAUUUACAGUUAUGGUUGAUUUGUGAAUAAAUGUAUUUUUCCAAUGCUUGA